AUGGAUUUCUUGGAUUCAAUAGAUUUCGAUUCGUCUCACAAGAAAUGCGACCGUGUGCGUUCCUGGUAUUUAUACGAGCAGUAUAAGACGUUAGAAAAAAAUCAAUUAGAUGCCGCAUAUAGGUUAAAGAAUAAAACUUACCAGGAAAGGAUCUUGAAACAAGAGUUGAGUGAACGCCGAGCCCGACGGAGAUUAAGCGACCAACUUGGAGACUGCCAAUUUGAAUCUGAAUUGGAAAGAAAAAUUCACAGCGCUCAUUCUACAGCCCCUCUAAGUGUCAGCGAUGAUCUUUUCGAAAGUGUCCACGAACUUCAUGAGGAAUAUGAUUUAGACCCAGUAUAUCACACUCAUGAUUCGAAAAGUAGUAAGAAUUACGAUGAUAUUAAAAGCUCGGAUAGAUAUGAUUCCAGUUUUGAAGAAAGUCUAAACAGUCUUGUUGAAAAUGUUACAGUUGACGGCUAUUUAAGUAAUGAUAUUAAAGGAGAAUUAGAGUUCGUUAAAAAGAAUAUUGCCGAUAAUAUCAACUUACAGCUCGAAACAGUAAAAGAAAAUAUCGAAUGUUUGGAAAAGUACACAAAAAUAGACGUGGAUAAAAUAACGGAUGAUGAUAGUUUUUCUGAACAUUAUAAGGCUAAAGAUAACAUUUUAUCUCAGAAGAAAUUUAAUACAAACAAACAAAAUUGCGUCCUACUAAUGUGGUCCAACUUAGUGGCUUUCGCAUAUAAUAUUAUAAAAUUAAAUCACGAUAAUUGCUGUUACGACUGCAGCUCACAAUUUCUUAUUGGAAUACUGGCAUGCGAUGUUCUUCGACGAGGUAUUUGUAAUAUGUGUAAGUAU